AUGUCUAGCCUUGGCCCACUGGCCCCUGACCACAAUCCUUUCGCUGACGACCAGGACGACGCCGACGUCCUUUCGAAAGAGACUUUCUCUGUUGGAGCUCGGCCUGGUCAGAGUCACAGCAAUGAUGUUGCUUUGAACGCUGACCUUGCCGGGCUUCAGCAGCAGCACAGGGAUGAACAGGACCAGCACCUCGAUGCUUUAUCGGCGUCGCUUAAUCGCCAGCACGAGAUGAGCCUGCAGAUGAACGAGGAGCUCGAUUUGCAUCAAGAGCUUCUCGAACGGUUUGAUAGCGAUGCGGAGCACACAGGGCUCCGACUAGGAGGCGCGGCGAAUCAAUUAGAUCGUCUUAGGAGCAGUCUGAAAGAUCACGGUAUCGUCUGGAUGCUGGGCGCCUUGAUAGUAGCCCUUAUCCUUCUCAUAGCUUAUUUCAAGUAA